AUGACUGCAGAGUUGAGAGAGGCUGUGGCCCUGGCCCACUGGGGCCCAGUGACAGUGAAAAAAGAGGAAGAGGAGGAAGGCUUUUCGGGCCAGGCAUCCAGCCAGCAAGUGCACUCUGAAAACAUCAAAGUCUGGGCUCCUGGGGAGGCGCCUCAGACAUGCCUCCCUGUGUCAGAACAGGAGGAAAAGGGGAAGAACGUGUUCUGGGACAUGGCUGUAGUCCUGAAACCAACACAAGAGGCACCUGCUGCUUCAACCCCAGGCAGCUCUUCAUUACCAGAGACUCUGGCCAAGAGCGAGCUACUGGACACUCAUGGGAACAUGGGAUGUCUAGGUGCUGAAACCAAAAAUCCACAGUUAUUGGUUCCAAAAACUGAAAUUUGUGAUGAAGCAGAAAAACCCUUUAUCCGAAUCCACACUGGGGAGAAACCCUUCGAAUGUCACCAGUGCGGGAAGGCCUUCAUUCAGAGUGCAAACCUUGUUGUGCAUCAGCGAAUCCACACUGGACAGAAACCCUAUGUUUGUUCAAAGUGUGGGAAAGCCUUCACCCAGAGUUCAAACCUGACUAGAAUCCACACUGGGGAGAAGCCGUUCGCCUGUAAUGACUGUGGCAAAGCCUUCACCCAGAGCGCCAAUCUUAUCGUGCAUCAGCGAAGCCAUACUGGGGAGAAGCCAUAUGACGGGGACCUUCCGUACGUGUGCAAUGAGUGUGGGAAGGCCUUCACAUGCAGCUCGUACCUGCUUAUUCAUCAGAGGAUCCAUAACGGGGAGAAGCCAUACACAUGCAAUGAGUGUGGCAAGUCCUUCCGGCAGAGGUCGAGCCUCACGGUGCACCAGAGAACCCACACGGGGGAGAAGCCCUACGAGUGUGCCAAGUGUGGGAAGGCCUUCAGUCAGAACACACACCUCAUUCAUCAUCAGAGAAUUCACACUGGUGAGAAACCUUAUUUAUGCAACGAAUGUGGCUCUUCUUUUCGCAAACACUCAAAUCUUACACAGCAUCAGAGAAUUCACACUGGGGAAAAACCGUAUAAAUGUGAUGAGUGUGGGAAAACUUUCCAUACAAAGGCAAACCUCUCUCAGCAUCAGAGAAUUCAUACUGGAGAGAAACCCUAUAAAUGUAAGGAAUGUGGGAAAACCUUUUGUCAGAGCCCUUCCCUUAUUAAACACCAGCGAAUUCAUACUGGAGAAAAACCAUAUAAAUGUAAGGAAUGUGGUAAAGCUUUUGCUCAGAGCACCCCACUCACUAAACAUCAGAGAAUUCAUACAGGAGAAAGACCCUACAAAUGCAGCGAAUGUGGUAAAGCUUUCAUUCAGAGCAUUUGCCUUAUUCGGCAUCAGAGAAGUCACACUGGAGAAAAACCCUAUAAAUGCAAUGAAUGUGGAAAGGGCUUUAACCAGAAUACCUGCCUCACUCAGCAUAUGAGAAUUCAUACUGGAGAGAAGCCCUAUAAAUGUCAAGAAUGUGGGAAAGCCUUUGCUCACAACACAUCUCUUACUGAACAUCACAGAACUCACACUGGAGAGAAACCUUAUAAAUGUAAUGAAUGUGAGAAAGCUUUUCCAACAAAAGCAGUCCUCAUCCAGCAUCUGAGAAUUCAUACUGGGGAAAAACCAUAUAAAUGCAGUGAAUGUGGCAAAGCCUUUUGUCAGAGUCCAUCCCUUAUUAAACACCUGCGAGUUCACACUGGAGAGAAACCCUAUAAAUGUAGUGAGUGUGGCAAAGCCUUCAGUCAGAGGAUAUGCCUUACUCGUCAUCAGAGAAGUCAUUCUGGAGAUAGACCUUCUAAGUGUAAUGACUGUGGGAAAGCCUUUAAUCAGAGUGCAUGCCUCAUGCAGCAUUGGAGGAUCCAUUCAGGAGAGAAGCCCUAUACAUGUACCAAAUGUGGUAAAGCUUUCACUCAGAACUCUUCCCUUGUUGAACACGAGAGGACUCACACUGGAGAGAAACUUUAUAAGUGUAGUGAGUGUGAAAAAACCUUCCGCAAGCAAGCACACCUUAGUGAACAUUACAGAAUUCACACUGGAGAGAAACCUUAUGAAUGUGCUGACUGUGGGAAAUCCUUUAGGCACAGUUCAGCACUUGUGCGACAUCAGAGGCUUCAUGCUGGAGAAUAA